CCAUGGUACAAUCCAUCAUACCUCCAAUGUAACAACCGGCCGAAUACAUAUCUCUUACUCGUCGUCUGUUUCUGCUCUGCUCUGCUCAGAUUUUCAGCUGAAGGAUUGCUUGUCUCUGAUUUGGAGUCUUGACUUGCUUCUUUGCGAUCCCGCUUUGUCCGCUCCAGCUUAGACUUUCGUCAGCCACCACCUCUCGUGCCUGUCCUUCGGUCCGUCAGCGCGGCGCGUGGACCUUAGUUGGCCUAGAACUCACUGCCGCGGGUUCGAUAGUUAACAAAAAACCCCUCGCCCAGCCGUUCGCUUUUCAAUCCACCGCAUCCUUCCACCUUCGUUUGCCUGUUUUGCUGUCUCCAAUUCAUCCUCUUUGCUUGUUCCUACGGCUGCAUUGCCAUUCCACCACCUCAUCACCUCAUCAUCCACCUUCCCCGCACCCCGACUUUCCGCUCUGAUUCACACGUCAGCUCCCACCGAAACCUCACAUACCUACUUUUUUAUACCCGUCAUGGAGCAACCAUCUAUUGACUCUCUCGUCGUCGAUACCCCUCUCGAUAAUAUGACGCCCACCAAUCUUUCCACCGAAGCUAUUCCCAUAGAACGCCCGAAGCUCAAGGGUCGCCAGCGACUUCUGCAUGGCCUGCAGCGGAUGGGAUCAUCACAUAGCCUCGCCGGCCUGUCUAGGUCGCGCUCACACAGCUUGAGAGCUCCCGGAAAAGCGUCCAUCUCUUGCAUAGCCCUGGCAUCUCCCGCAUCUCCCUAUGGCCACUCAUACGGGAGUUCUUAUUCCUCUGAACUGUCCACAGGCUUUUCCACGGCCCCAACUUCGGUUGCCAACAGUCCCCCGACAAGCCCUCUCUUCGACGAGAAAGCCCGCUUUCGUGCCGUUAUCCCUGAGGGUGCUACCUCAGUUCCUCUUCCUACAGAAAUACGCACAACCUCUCGCGAUGGGACAGAAACCGAGGGAGACUACUUCUCACGCCCCGUCAAGAAGAAGGUACAAAGGAGGCCCAACUUCAACUUUUGGGCCGACAUGCCUGCGGAAAUCCGUACUCAGAUUCUCUGUUAUCUUCAGCCAAGAGAGAUUGUGCGGUGCUCCGCUGUUUCCAAAUCAUGGCACGCAAUAUGCUAUGAUGGCCAACUGUGGAGCAGAUUGGAUACAUCGGAUUUUUAUCGCGAUAUAACGGCUGACGCCUUGGUCAACAUAAUCUCAUCGGCCGGACCUUUUGUACGUGACCUCAAUCUAAGGGGUUGUAUCCAAUUAAGAGGGGAGCAAUGGAGUAAGAACGGCAUCCUGGACGCCUGCCGUAACCUGGAGAACUUUUCACUUGAGGGUUGUCGAAUCGAUACCCUGUCGAUCAGCACCUUAUUAACACAGAAUGAUCGCCUUGUUCACAUCAAUCUCUCCGGUCUGACAGGGGCAACAAACAAGGUUAUGAGAAAACUAGCGCUCAACUGCCCCAGGGUCGAGCAUUUGAACGUCUCGUGGUGCAACAAUAUCGAUACCCGCGGCCUUCGAGGUGUCAUUGAAGGCUGCCCGAACCUGAAAGACUUACGCGCGGGUGAAAUCCGAGGUUGGGAUAACAUCGAGUUUAUGAAUGAGCUUUUCAAGCGCAAUACCCUCGAGAGGCUUGUGCUCAUGAAUUGCGAUAGCAUCAACGAUGAGUCUCUGGCAGUUCUUGUCGAAGGCAUCGACAGUGAGAUUGAUGUUCUCACAGACCGGCCCAUUGUUCCUCCGCGACGCUUGAAGCAUCUCGAUUUAACACGAUGCCGUGGUAUUACCGAUAUUGGUAUCAAAACACUAGCUGGGAAUGUCCCACUUUUGGAAGGCCUUCAAUUGUCGAAAUGCCAUAACUUGACCGACGAUGCAUUCACCACAUUGAUCCCAACGCUCCCUGUUUUAACCCAUUUGGACAUGGAGGAAUUGGACAGUCUGACCAACGAAGUACUGAAAUCGCUCGCUCGGUCACCUUGCGUCACUCAUCUUCAGCAUCUCUGUAUAUCUUAUUGUGAGCUGCUUGGCGAUUCUGGCAUGCUUCCGAUCCUCAAAGCUUGCCCCAGUCUCACGUCUCUCGAAAUGGACAACACUAGAAUAUCCGACCUCGUGCUGGCAGAGGCUGCUUCUUCCAUUCGCACUCGUAAUCGGUCUGCGAAGGACAAGUCUGGUUCGGUACGUCCUAGCAUUGGUCUUCGAAUCGUGGCCUAUGAUUGCGCGAAUGUGACUUGGACUGGCGUACGUGAGGUUUUAUCUCGGAACGCUGAAAUUUCGCGUCCAUCAGCCGCUUCCCCAUCUACGACUCCAACCUAUCCUCGCGACAUAAUUGGCCUCAAGUGCUUCUACAAUUGGCAGCCGACCGUCGAGGAGCAUACUAAACGUGUUUUACGGGGAGAUUUUGCUGCAGCAGCCCGUCUGGAACGAAAGUGGGCAGACUGGAUGAUGUUAAACGAAGAGGCUGGCGUAGGUGGAGCUGGCGCCCGUCGCCGUCGUAGACGAGCACGGGAAGCACAGCUGAUGCAUGCUGACGAGGAAGAGGGUGGAACUGCUGUUGGACGUCGCCGUCGUGCUCGAAGUGGCCCUGGUAGUUGCGCAGUCAUGUGA